UGGACCGGUGGGCGCCAUAUUGGAGUGCAACUAUUGUUAUAAAAAGAGACGGGGCUGCUGCUGGCUGAGUUUAUGUUUUCUACUGUUGUGAGCUGAAAAUAUAAGGUAUUACCUACGAGGGGUCAUGAAAGAAAUGUCAGCGUAAGUCACCAAUCAGUAACAAUAUGCUUAGCGGGCAGCAGCCUCAGAAACACUAUGGUAUCACUUCAUCAAUCAGCCUGGCUUUUCCCAGGGAGAUUGACCACAUGUACACUCAGAAGCUCAUAGAGGCUAUGAAACCUUUUGGAGUCUUUGAGGAUGAAGAUGAGCUCAAUCACAGGCUUGCAGUUCUUGGAAAACUUAAUUCAUUUGUGAAAAAUUGGAUUGCGGAGAUCAGUGAAUCAAAGAACCUGCCACCUUCAGCUAUAGCGAACGUUGGGGGCAAAAUUUUUACCUUUGGGUCCUAUCGACUGGGAGUGCACACGAAAGGGGCUGAUAUUGAUGCUCUGUGUGUUGCACCUCGUCAUGUUGAGAGGAGCGACUUUUUUUCAUCUUUCUUUGAAAAACUAAAACAGCAUGAGGAGAUCAAGGACCUGCGGGCUGUGGAAGAUGCAUUUGUACCUGUGAUAAAAUUCAAGUUUGAUGGGAUUGAGAUUGAUCUUCUUUUUGCGAGACUUGCUUUGCAGUCCAUCCCUGAUAACCUGGAUCUGAGAGGGGACUCUCUGCUCAGAAAUUUGGACAUCAGAUGCAUUCGCAGUCUUAACGGUUGCCGUGUUACUGACGAGAUCCUCUACUUGGUGCCCAAUAAAGAGAACUUCAGGCUUACUCUGAGAGCCAUCAAACUUUGGGCUAAGCGCCGAGGGAUCUACUCCAACAUGCUUGGCUUCCUUGGCGGUGUGUCCUGGGCCAUGCUGGUGGCCCGAACCUGUCAGCUUUACCCCAACGCUGUGGCUGCCACACUUGUGCACAAGUUCUUCCUUGUCUUCUCAAAGUGGGAAUGGCCAAAUCCAGUGCUUUUAAAACAGCCUGAAGACAGCAAUUUGAAUCUGCCGGUCUGGGACCCACGGGUAAACCCUGCAGACCGAUACCAUUUAAUGCCCAUUAUCACGCCUGCAUACCCACAGCAGAAUUCCACCUACAAUGUCUCCACAUCCACACGGACCAUUAUGAGCGAGGAGUUCAAAUAUGGGCUUGCGGUUACAGAUGAAAUCCUUCAGGGUAAAGCUGAAUGGUCCAAGCUGUUCGAGCCACCUAACUUCUUCCAAAAGUACAAGCAUUAUAUUGUUCUCACUGCCAGUGCAUCUACUGAGGAGAACCACUUAGAAUGGGUUGGGCUGGUAGAGUCUAAGAUCAGGGUUCUGGUUGGUAAUCUGGAGCGCAAUGAAUACAUCACCCUCGCACACGUGAACCCACAGUCAUUCCCUUGGUCAAAGGAGAGUCGAAACGAGAAUGAUUUUGUCUCAAUGUGGUUCAUUGGAAUCAUCUUCAAAAAACUGGAGAAUGCUGACUGUGUGAACAUUGAUUUGACUUAUGACAUCCAGUCCUUUACAGACACUGUGUACAGGCAGGCCAACAACAUUAACAUGCUGAAGGAGGGCAUGACCAUUGAAGCCACACACGUUAGGAAAAAGCAGCUGCACCAGUACCUGCCUUCUGAGCUGGUGCACAGGGGCAAGAAAAAGAGCCUCGGCGAUCUGAACCGAAGCUCUAAUGGUGGUGGGUCAAAGCGCUGCUCUCUGGACAACAGCCAGCUGGACAGCUCCAGAGAUACGGAUACAGGCACACCUUUCAGCUCUCCCGUCCCAGUCAAGAAAGUCUGCAAGGCGACUUCCAGCCCCGAUGACAGCAUCACCCCUCCGGCACCACUGUUUGUGGAUAGCUCCCCAGUCUCUGACUCGUCUCCUCCAAAGCAGGAGCAGGGAAUGUCCAUACCAGUUAUUGGCGCAAAGCCUUCAGCCAAGCCCACAGCAGCCCCUGUAAGCAGCACCAUCCCCACAGUGGUGGGCCGAAGCGUCAUCCCACGUAUGAGCUCACCCACUUCCAGCCCACCUGACCUGCCCAAUGGCCUCAACGGUGUUGCCCCCAAGAGACCCCACUCACCGUCACUGGAGGAGCCACCCAAAAAACUCAAAGACACAGAGCAGAUGUUCUCGGAUGAUUCUGCAUUUAAAGAACCAUACCCACCCCCCAGUAACGGACAGGAUCUAGUAGACACCCCUACAGUGGAGGGUGCUGCGGUUACAAAGCCUAUGCCCAUUCCAACUAUUGAUACAUCAAGGACCCAGAGACUGCCCAGUAAGGAACUGCCAGAUUCAUCUUCUCCAGUUCCUACAAGUAAUCUGCGCGUCAUUAAGAACUCAAUCAGGCUCACUCUUAACCGGUAACGGUGAACUCUCCACAAGGAAUGUGGCAGCCACUCCGGGAUUAUUUUUCCUGCUUCCUAAUUUAACCUCCUUCAGAGAGCUGAGCGUGUAAAGGCUGCUUGUGAGAGCCAGACUACUGUGGUCAACAAGAGUGCUUUUAAAUUCUGGCUGCCACAGGCACUCAUCUGAUCUUUCUGAUGACGUUGUAAGAUGUUAUGAGUGUAAAGUAUGAGACUAUUAAAUUUUUUUUUUUUUUUUUAAUAUCGCCUUAAUGUGUCAAAAUGCUUGCUAAGUGAACGAGUGUGUGAAAUUGUACAGUAGAUGUAGUUUGUAUAUAAUGCGUUUAAAAAUCAUUGUUAGUCUUUCUAUACCAUUCUGAUGUAGUUUUUACUAACAAGUUUAAAAAAAAAAAAAGAAAAAGGAAAAAAAAAAAGUUCUUCCUGUAAAAUAGAAUGUUUUGUUAUUCCUCCUCAGUCUUGUCAUCACUGUGUAGGUUCUGAUAGGGCUUUCAGGAGGACUGGGGAGGUGCAAGUGGCCUGUAUUGUCAUAACCAUGACCAAUUUACUGAGCUCAGCCCACUGGACCAUCAUGGAUGCAUUUACUGUACCGGCUACAGAGUGCAAGAGUCCAUUGCGUAUGGUUGGAGGGUCGUGAUUACUGAGCAGGUCAUGACUAAGCUUGUGGUUUGGUUUUGUUUGUGUGUGUUUUUUUUUUUUUUUGUUGUUGUUGCAGAAAUGGUUUAUAGCUUUGCUGAAUGACCUCAGACUGAAGUGAGUGUGUGGAAGUGAAUGUAUGUGAAAUUUAUUCCCUGAGUUUAGGGCUUCACCCCUGCGCCUCCCAUGGAGGUUUCUUUGGAAGCAUCAUCUUAAUUUCAGUGAGAACAAAGACAAAAGGAGAAAUGUGCUUUUCCUGAUGCUGUUUUUCCUUCCACAAACAGUUGUUCUGUCCCAUAGGUAUUGAAAGACACAUCUAUAUGUAUUUAAAGAGGCUUACUGUUCAUUUGGGGGGGGGGGGGGGUUCCUUUACCUUUUAUUUACAUUUGCUUAUUUGUACCAUGUAAUUUUUAUAUCGCAGGCAUUGCAGUUGCAGAUUCUUCAGAAUGUCAGUUACACACAGCUUUGAAUAUAGUCAUUUCAAAAUACUUUAUAUAUAAUUUCACACGUCUUUGUUUUGUUUUUUUUUUUGUUUUUUGGGUUUUUGUUUGUUUUUUGUAGGGCAAAAGUUGUAUUUCAAAACAUAUUUUUGUAUGUAAUGUAUUCUGCCUCCUUUAAACUGAGAUCAUAAAAUUCACAAAACCCCAUAA